AAAAUAAAAAAAAAGUAAUACAACAAAAGUCCACGUUACAUAUAAUUAUUUUAUAUGGCGCAUCGGCAAUCACCUGCACCGGAACAAAGCAGUACCAACAACAAUAAUAAGAGCUAACAUUGGCAAUUUUGUAAAGAUUUUGUUAAGUUUAUACGACACCACAAAAAGCUCUCGCUCAUCCUCAACAUCAUCAUCAUCAAUUGAUUUAUAACAAUACAAAUUGCCAGCUGUUAAACGACAAGUCAACGUCCUAUCUUACGUGUUUGUGUGUGUGUGCCCUCGCGAGUGUGUGUGUAUGUGAGUGGUAAAGGUGAGAGUAAGGACAUUGCGCCUGCCGGCACACCACAAACCGCCCAAAAAAACAGCCGCUCCACACCGCCCCCGGUUAGCACUUUCGCUCUCUUUUUUGCUUGUUCUCCACCAAUCCUACCCGCCUCCACAAAAAAAUGCGUCUCUUUCCCGUCCGCCUGGCGGCCGCAUCGUCCUCGAUGUCCAGUUUGGCCAAAAUGUUGGAUUUCUAUUCUGGAUUCAAUCCGUCGCCGCUUUCAAUCAAACAAUUUAUGGAUUUUGGUCAAAAUGCUUGCGAAAAGAAAUCAUAUAUAUUUCUACGUAAAGAAUUGCCCGUACGUCUGGCAAAUAUAAUGAAAGAGAUUGCACUUUUACCCGAUAAUUUGCUGCACACAAGAUCAGUCAGUGAGGUCAGUUCGUGGUAUGUGAAAAGUUUCGAGGAUGUUCUUGAAUACGAGAAGGCCGAACCUACGCUUGACAAUCUACAAAAAUUUGUAAGCGAUUUGGAUCUCAUUAGAAAUCGCCACAAUGAUGUGGUGCAAACGAUGGCUCAGGGUGUGAUUGAAAUGAAGGAGAAUGAAGGCGGCCAGGUUGAUGCACCAACCGAGAGUUCCAUACAAUAUUUUCUUGAUCGUCUAUAUAUGUCACGCAUUAGCAUACGAAUGCUAAUUAAUCAACAUACUCUUCUCUUUGGUUCAAAUCCACAUUCUGGUGGCAGGCAUAUUGGUUGCCUUGAUCCUGCCUGCGAUCUGUCGGAUGUUGUGCGUGAUGCCUAUGAGAAUGCACGUUUUCUCUGUGAUCAAUAUUAUCUAAACAGUCCGGCAUUGGAGAUACAACAGCAUAGCUGUGAGGCGAAUGACAUUAUGCCCAUACGGACGGUAUAUGUGCCUUCCCAUUUAUAUCAUAUGCUCUUUGAGUUAUUCAAGAAUUCGAUGCGUGCCGUUGUCGAGCAUAAUCAUGACAAUUGCAAUGAUAAUUUGCCACCACUCAAGGUCACAAUUUGUCGUGGCAAAGAGGAUAUAUGUGUUAAGAUCUCCGAUCAAGGUGGCGGCAUUCCACGCUCUCAAUCCGAUCAGUUAUUCAAAUAUAUGUAUAGUACAGCACCGCAGCCAUCGAAAUCGGAUUUGCAUACAGUGCCAUUGGCUGGUUAUGGUUAUGGUUUACCCAUAUCGAGGCUAUAUGCAAGAUAUUUUCAUGGUGAUAUUGUUUUAAUGUCCUGUGAAGGAUAUGGCACCGAUGCUAUUAUCUAUUUGAAGGCUUUGUCCGAUGAGGCUAAUGAAUUGUUGCCCAUUUUCAAUAAAACUAGCUCAAAGUUCUAUAGGGCCACUGUGCCCACUGGUGAUUGGUCCAAUCAGAGCUCCGAUAUGAAUGCACGCCAAUUGUCGGCCACCAUACCAAAACGUUACAAUGAUUUGGGUGUGGAAUAGAUGUCAUCUCUAUAUAAUGAUUUCAUCGAUUUCAUCAUAUGUGGGGAGGGGCAAAAACAAAAAUCAACUUAUAACUCAGGUUAAGUAAAUCAAUAUACGAUCAGGAACAGCAGCAACAAAAUAUAUAUACA